AUGCACGAGUUACUACUCUUCGCCUCGGUCCCCGUCCACCAGCAUCAUGAGCUCCUUCAGCAGCUCGCUGGCCUCACAGCCAUGCAGCCUCGCCACUCGGUCGAGCGGCGGCUGAUCUUCAAGGCCUACCGCAAGCCUGGGUUGGUCACUUCGCGCGUCGGCGGUAGCCAGGAUCUUCAGCAAUCCGGUGAUCUGCAGCGUGUCAACAAGAUGUUGAACGGUGGCAUGUUCUACACUCAGGUGGUUGGCCCUGUGUCCGAAUCGGAUUUCAGCACACCGGCCCCGACUGAUCCCGAUACCCAGAUGGAGGGUAUGAAUGAUUCUAAGCCAAACGCCCAGACAACAUCCACCUAUGACUAUGAGCAGCAGCCAUGGAAGCUGGAGUUUCGAGAUAUCCCCGAAGCGGGGACUCGAUCCGCGGUCACAUCUCGGGUGAUGGCCAGCGCCUCACUUCCGCGCGGCGACAUCAUACCAUCCAUGAAUGCAUGGGGCUAUAGCUUUGUGACCGAAUAUGUGGUCGAGGGAGACGUGUUCAUUCAAAAUGAUAUCGUCAUCUACUUGCACCGCGUGCUGCACUAUCCUUCCGGUGAGCAAGAGCAUCGGGAACCUCGCCGACAUCUUCCGGUCUUGAAGGAGAUGACGCCGCUUGAGAAGAGCGGCAGUUAUGUCCUGCAGGCAUCCAUCAAUGUCCAAGAUGGGAGUAAUCAGGAGACCAUGAAGAUGGCCUCUCAGCAUUUGUUUGGGCUGCGGGAACAGCUCAAAUCAGCGGUUCGUUUGGAGCAGGCUGACCGCCUUUCUCUUGAUACCAGAGCCAAAUAG